CGGCCGCUGCCAGUGGGGAGGACUUCCUUCCUUCUUCCUUCCCCAGGAUGGAGGCUGGCGGCCCCUUCCGGACCCCCCCCCCAAGGAUGUUGUCCCCCCCCAAGGCUGCUGGCCGCCCCCGGGGACCAGGCCCCACCACUCCUCGAUUGGACGAUCCUUCCUCUCUCUCCCUCCCAGAUUUCUAUGAGAAAAGGGCUUAAUGAACUUCAAAAUGGCAGAAAAGCUGAAGAGUUGGCCCCAGGGACUGGUCCCCCUGCCCCUCCCUGUCCGCUUCCUCUUGGUCCCCGAGGUCCGGACCAUCCAGAGCCCCUUCUCAGCGAGCCAGAACAAGGAGUCUUCCCAUGGGACCUCCCCGAGGGACGGGGGGAAUUUCGGGAUCCUUGGAACUUGGGAUCUUGUGAGAACUCCCUCUCUCAGUCCAAUCUCCUUGUGAUGUUAUGGGUUAUUAAGAAGAUUAUUUGCAAACUGGGGGUGAGCGGGGGCCUCCAGCCUGGCAGCGAGGGCCAAAGCGGGGAAGGAGGGUUCUGGGCUUCCAGGAUCCCCGACUUCCCUGGGAGAGACCCCAAGGCUGCGGCUCCGCUUCCUCUAAGGGCCUCCCUUGGGAUGGCAAAUGCUGCGUCUGGCCGCCACGCCAGAGGAAAUGGCCAAGAAAAGGGCCUGGACCGUCCUGCUCGAGCUCCCGUCCCAGACAGAGCAUCGCUCCCCCUUGGGCGCACCUGGAUCCAACCAGGGACUUGCGCUCUCUGUUCUGAAUGGUUAAAAAUAAACAGGCUUUAUUGGCUCCGGAGCGUCUCCCUCCCACCCCUCAGAUGGACCCUUCCUUGGGGGCGGAGGAAAAGCGCCCAAUACAGACCCUGGCUGGAGAUGGGGGACCCCUCUGUCCGCCCUGGGGGCUCCGCCUGCGCGGUGGGCGCCGCUUCUCCGGGACCCACCCCAGGCCUCCGGUCCCUCUGCUCCUGCGGCUCCAUGUUUCCCCUUCUUCUCUGCUUCUCUGACCCUGCUUGCUCCGUUCCGUGUCAGCUCAGAAAUUCUCCCCCCGUUUUUUCUGCAUCCGCCCUCCCUUCCACAAAUAACAUCCCCUUCCCCUCGUUUGCCGCGGUAUCUUCUGGCUCUUUGAACUCUCAGGUUCAUUUACUUGGGGUUGGACGAGGUCUGAGCAAUCAUCCAGGCCAACCCCCUCAUCUCAUGGAUGAGGAACCUGGAGAGACCAGAUGGUCACUGGGAAGCCUCAGGGCCGAGAGCCCGCCUCAGGCCGCUCCUUUUCCUUCUAGAAAUCCUGAAAGCGAGAUUUCUGUCUGGCCCGAGAAGAAUAAUUGGGAGACGCCGGCCUGGAUAGGAAAGAAAUAAAAAUAAGGAACAAAGCAGAA